UAAUCAAUGCUAAAAAAGUGAUAAAAAAAAAAAAAUUGUGAUGGUGAUGGUGAUGGAACAUGUGACUUGAUAAUUUAUAUAUUUAUUUUGACAAUUUUACUAUUGUAAAUGCGCCCCUCUUUAAAAUCAUCAUCGUCAUAUUGAAAGACUUUUUAAUGAAAAACUUGGGGGAAGAUUAAUACACCAAGGAUUUCUUGGUGAUUCUCAUUAUUUCAAGAGUCUUUAUUUUUGAAAUAAUAUAAAUAUACGUGAAUCUACUGGAGACCCUCAAUUCAUCUUUUGACUUCUUGUGAUCAUCAAAAGACCAAAGUCUAUUAUUUUGUAAAUUUUUUAAUUUUUUUUAAAUUAUAAAUUCAUCAUAAUGGAGAAAACCGAUUUAAAUAAUAAUAAUAAUAAUGAUGGUGAUGCUGAUGGUGUUGAUAGAAUUGAAGCAAAAUUUAAAUUAAUGCUGGAAGAAGGACCAAAUAUAUUUGCUGAUUUUGAAGAACCAAAUAUGAAAGUACCAGAUUAUUUUGAUCCAGUUAAAUUUCGUCGUGGACAGAAAGUUUUUGAGAAUAAUAUAUUUACAAUGAUGAUUGCUAAGUUAUCUGGGCUACUUAUGCUUCUUGCUGUUCCAUCAAUUGUUGAUAUUAUUAAAUUUACUAAACAAAGUGGUACACCAUGUACUGCAUUUCGUCGUUAUGCUGCAACUAUUUUACACACGUGUAUUUGGUAUAAUAAAUCACCAAAUCAAGAUCUUGAAUUUUUCGAGUCAUUGAAAAAUGUCAGAAGAAAACACUGCGUUGCAUCAAAAAAAUCCCAUGAAGCUGGAAUUGGUAGAAUAAAUCAGCUGGACAUGGCAUUAACACAAUUUGGAUUUAUCGGUUUCACUUUACUCUGUGGUAAAACACUUGGUAUUGUAUUGAGUGAUGAUGAUCUUGAUGGUCUGCUCCAUUUUUGGCGUGUAAUUGCAAAAAUGUUGGGAACAGAAGAAAGAUUUAAUUUAUGCAAUGGAACAAUUGAUGAAACAAAAUCAUUAUGUAAAAAGCUACUUGAAGAUGUAUUUGUGCCACAUCUUGCCAAGCGAAAAAAUCGUCAAGAUUUUCAGGAGAUGAGCAAAGCCAUGCUUGAGGGUAUAUGGUGUAUAAAUCCAUUCAUCAAUAAUCAUGCCUAUCAAGCAUUUACAUAUCAAUUUUUAAUAUCAUCUGUUUUGAAAAAUUAUAAAAAUAAAAAUAACUAUCGUCAUCUUGAAAUUGAUGGACCACUUUCACGUGCUGGUAAAAUAUUAUUAAAUUUACAAAUAUUUGUUCAUACAAAAUUAUUACAAAGUCGUUAUUGGUGGUCACAUUUGUUCAGAGCAUUUUUCAAUUUAACAAUGAGAUCAAGUAUUUAUUUAACUGAAAAUUCACCGUACUUGGCUUGGUGGUUUUAUGGAAAAAAAAAAUCACAAUUUAAUAUUUACAAGUAUCAUUUUGAGUAGAAAUAUUUAUCAAUUAACAAAG